CCACGCGGGAGGCUGGGGCCCGGGCCGGGCGGAGCCGGAGAGCCAUGGGGGAGGCUGCCAGCCCCGCGCCCGCGCCCGCGCUCUGGGACUGGGACUACCUGGACCGCUGCUUCGCCCGCCACCGCGUCUGCAUCUCCUUCGGCCUGUGGAUCUGCGCCUCCUCCUGCUGGAUCGCCGCCCACACGCUGCUUCUCUAUCUGAGAUGUGCAAAGAGAUCCAGACAGGACCAGUCAGCGCUGUGUGCUGCGUGCUGCCUCCUGACCAGCCUGUGUGACACCAUCGGGGCCAUUCUGGCCAGACAGCUCACGAUCCAGGUAUUCACAGGUGCCUACCUAGCAGCUGUUGACUUGGUGAACUUUGUCUUCAUCCUUUUCCCCAUCUGUGGCUGCAGACUGAAAUCUCACCUGGGUCGGGGCUCCCGGGAGAGGAAGAGGGGGCGGCGGCUCAGGGCCAGUGUAUUUGCUCUGGCCCUGCCGCUGAGCCUGGGGCCAGGCUGGGCGCUCUGGGCCGCCGUCCCAAAGGCUUCAGGCCCCAUCCGAGGGCCCCAGCGGAGGCUGCUGGAAAGCCUGCUGCAGGACAAUACUGAGAUCCUCGGCUACCUGCUGGGUGGCAUCGCUGCCUUUGGCUCCUGGGCUUCCCGGAUCCCCCCGCUCUCCAGAAUCUGCCAGGGUAAGGCGUUUCCCUCCAUCCACCUGUGGACCCGGCUCCUGUCGGCUCUGGCUGGCCUCCUCUAUGCCUCGGCCAUUGUGGCCCAUGACCGGCGGCCUGAGUACCUGCUUCGGGCCACGCCCUGGUUCCUGACUUCCCUGGGCCGAGCUGCACUGGACCUGUCUAUCAUAUUCCUCUCCUGGGUGAUGAAGAGCAAGAUGAGACGGACCUUGGGAUUUGCCCCUGAAGCCAGAGAGAGCCCUGACACCCAAGCCCUCUUGACCUGCGUGGAGAAAGAGGAAGAAAGCCAGGAGGCAAGGUCUCGCCAGCUGGAAAACUGCUGGUCCCACGGGGGUGCUGUGUGCGGAACCCGGAGGCUCCCUCGAACUAGGACAGUUGAAUUCAGAUUGGGUGCCUCUCACUACACUACCACCCUGCAAAUCACUCAGGACAAUGGCAGCCAUCAGUCGCUACUUGGAGCUGACCAUCGAGCCGGUGCAGCAGGCAAGCUGCAGCACCACCAGGCUGCCCGGCGAUGGACAGAUGAGCCCUGGAGACACCACACUGCAGGAGCCCCCCUCGUACCCUCCCGUUCAGGUCAUCCGGGCCCGUGUGUCUUCCAGCAGCUCCUGCGAGGUCUCCUCCAUCAACUCGGACCUCGAGAAGGAACGUCCCUGUGGCUUGAUUCCAUUUGCUGUUUUUGUGAGCCCUCCUUGGAUGGCCGGGCCCAUGCUACGUUCCUUUCGUGGGACCCUGAAGACGUAAACCUUGAAGGGAACAAAGACAACAUGGAGAUGCUCAGAUUCCAGGUGCAUAGGAGCUCCAUGGGCCCAGUGGCCCUGAUAUCUGAUGAGGAACACCUCAGAGCCCCCAGUCAAGCGUUUGUCAGGAACUGAGCAGGGAUCAUCCUGCAGUGACACCCAUGGCAGGAAUCACAGCUUCCGCAGAGGCGGCGCAUGAAAGUGAGGAGCCAGGUGCUGUCACUGAGCUUGGCUGCUCUGCAUCGUGGCUCAGAAUGGAGCGAAGACUCAGUCCCGUAGACAGACCUGGACAUGCAGAGUUUGUUCUGAUCAGAAGUUCCCAGACCACUCUUGCUUUGAAGUAGAAAACUUCAUCUAAAGGACAUUGGGCCCUCUCUUCCUUUUCCCUUCAGAUUCAACCAUACCCUGAAUAUCUGCUAGGUGCCAGGAAGGAGUUCAUCUAACAAGUAGCUCAUGUGUUUGGGUCUCCAUAGAGCCCCAUUCUGCAAGACCUGGCUAAGCCCAGGAGAUGAGACCGGUGGGCCCAUAUGCCGGAGAUAUAGGACAUGGUCACUGGUACUCAUGGGACCUGGCUCCUGCCCUCCCAGUCAGCCACUUGAGUUUUCUGCUAGAAGUUGGAGGUGGGACUGCUUGGUCAACCAGAAGUUUGUGAGAUCACAGGUGUGGAAAGGGCAAGAAAAGUUAAUUGCUCUAGGUACCAGGACUUGCUCCAACCCGCCAGGGUAUGUGCUGGGCAGGGUUUGCAGGUGAGGGGGACAGUCUGCUUCAGGAGCUAACAUGAAAGCAGGCAGAGGGUAAGAGGCACCGUGGGAGGUGUUAAAUUCAAGCACAGCCAUCUCAUUUUAGGAUUAUUUUGAUACUGUGAUCACGGGAAAGGGAAAGGGUGGAGGGACACUGGAGUGAAUAAAUCAUGAUCGAGUUGAAGCAUCUCACUGUGGAGCACAGAGAUGUCUGAAUCCCAGCACAGCCACAAAAGCCAGCCAUGAGGGCAACUGAGAGACAUGAGGAAACAUGGCUCUGCUCCUGGCUGGCCCCUUGGAGCCUAUGUGACUCAGUUCCAAUUGCCCAGUUUCUCCAAAGGGGUAGUGCAAAUGCCAGCAGCAUGAAGAAGGGGGUGCCUCAGGGAAGUAGAUGGGUUCCACAGAUCUCUGUGGAGAUCUUAAUCUUUUGAGUGGCCUCUGAGCUAGAAGGGACCUUAAAGCCACCCUAUUUAUCCCCUUUAUCCAACUGCUUUGAUCCCUGGGUGUCUUGUAAUGGAGUUUGCUAAAGCCAGUUUUUUGUUUUUUGUUUUUUUAAGAUUUUAUUUAUUUGACAGACAGAGACACAGUGGGAGAGGGAGAAGCAGGCUUUCUGUGGAGCACCUGAUGCCGGGCUUGAUCCCAGGACCCUGGGACCAUGACCUGAGCCAAAGGCAGACACUUAAUGACUGAGCCACCCAGGUGCCCCAAGCCAGUUUUGCUUGGUGAUCUUAACCACGGAAGCUGUUCUUAGAAGAUAAAGAUUUGAGUGGGGGAUGGGGUAGAGAGCACAUUCCAGAAGAAAUCAUACAGAGGAUUGGACACAGGGAAGGAUGGAAUCCAGUCCAGGAAGGAGGACUCUGAUGUGGCCGGGAUGGAUGGUGCAGUCUGGGCUAGAUGGUAAAGAGGCUGGCAAGGCAUCAGACCGUGGAGGCAAGGGAGUUGGCACUUAGUACUUGGUAGCCAUGACCGAUACCAGAGUAGGAAGGUGACUGACAUGCCUCUGGUAGGCCACGGCUUUUCAGGACGCAGAAAUGUAGUCAUGGACGCAGUAGGAAUAUGGAGAACAUAUUUAAUUGGAGUGAUAACAGCAGAGCAGAAGGAGGGCUCAUCUUUAGAAAGGCAAGGCGCGGGGAUAGGAUACCAUUCUCUGGAGUUUACCUUUUGCAUAUCCUCCCUUCCUCAAAGGGAAGCUGGCCCUCGGUCCCGGGGGGCACCAGAAAUUGGCUGGGUCUUGAUGGAAAUGGCCAUUGACCCAAGAACAUGGAACAGUCUCACUGAUUUGAGCAGCACAAACUACUUGAGUCCCAGAGGUUGUCUGUCUCCCUAGUUCCCAUUGUCCCAGCCUUCCUUCACAAACCAGUUCCCCAUGUUGUGGUCCAGUCUUGUCCAAAGCUGAAUCCCAAGUCUCUUCAGCCAGAGUGAACUAUUAAACUGAAAAUUUUGGAAGCCAACUCUGGCCUCCUUGUUCAAUAAGAAUCUGCCUGUUAUGUAAAGCUCUGGAACCCUGGAGCCUUUGUAAAGAGGUGCCAAUCAAAAUGCCUUUUUCCUAGGUGGAGAGUCCCUGCCCUGGGCCUCCAUUGCAGCUUCACCCCUGUCAGACCAGGAGGAUAAUGGGAGUUACUUGCCCUGAAGACUCACAGUGAAGGGGGUUACCUAUAAGGGGAGAGGCUGGGAAACAAACUGUAAUCAUCUUCUCCUGCCCACUCAUCUGGAUAUGAGUGAUGGUAUACUAGGGCCUCACUUGUGCUGCCUAUUAUCUCCAUGGCUUGGAGCAUGUUACCUAACCUUUGUGAACUGAGGUAAACAGAAUCCCUAUCUACAGAGCUUGUUGUGAAGACUAAAUCAACAUCCAUGAACCGCGUAACACACAACGCCUGACUCAAAGUAGACCUUGAAAGGGAUUUAGUUUCCUUUCUCCCUAUACUUGCUGGCCACUUAUGUGCUUGAAAGGCUGUUAGUAACCAAAAAUAUCAGACCCACAAAUAGAACAGUCUUCAGAGGUUUGAAUCCCCUCGACAAUCCUUAUGAUUAUCUAGCCCCCACUGAAGCUCUUCAAAAAAAAAAAAAAGAUUUCACUAUUUUGUAUUCCAAAGUCUGUAUCCUUUAGGGAGAGUUCUGAUCACUAAGACUUUCUUAAAAUCCUGUCCUAGAUCCAGAAGAACCAUGAUCUCCACAUCUCCUGCCAGCACUUCAGUAUGCUGAAGAGAUCUGUGAGCAACACCUGAUGCCACACUCACAUCAUGUUUGUUACCAUGGGGUAUAAGCUCCAACAGAGUAAGGAGAGGUACUCAGCCAAGGCGCGUGGCUGGGCUCUAGCUCCCAGAUCUGAUUCAGUGUGAUCCUUGUCAAGUCAUUUUCCUUUCUGGGUCACAGUUUCCUCAUCUGUAAAAUGAAAGUUAGGCCAGAUUUCUUUCUUCCCUUUUAUGAAUGUGCCACUGAAUUUGUUUUCCAGAGAAGACGGACAUCUUUACAAACCCUAUUAAGACAUUUCAGAUUUACUUUGAAAGUAGGAUUCAAUGUGUAAUAUAUACUUCUGUUUGGAUUUUGCUAUCCAAUUAAGAUAAAAAUUUGUCUUUGUAACAUGAAGGGAUCAUAGCAUUUGACCUUUAAAAAUUUUGCAGAUUCCUUCCAGUACGGAAAAACCGAAAACUAUACACCACCUUCUUUCCACACUUGGGCAUUCUGGUGAAUUCAUUUAGUUUCUUUAUUAAGAGGCUCUAUUAUUGAUUGGCAGUUUAUUUUGGUCAAGUCUCAUUCUUGCUAAACCAUCUCUUAUAUUGAAGGAUACAUGAAAAAUGUUGUGCACACUGGGAGAAAAAGGAUCUGUAUCGACUGAGGAAAUGAUAGAGAUGUCUUAGGAGUGUCUCAAGACUGACUUCAGAAUACUUUCAAGAUUGUCUCCACUUCUUUUUCUGCGCCUACUUGAUCAUUCUCCAACUAUGCGGGCAUGCUCUACUCUCUCCGACUUUACAUUGCUUUUUUUCCCCCAACGUUCAGGUCGAUGCUUUGGCAGACAAGGCUCUGCCUUGAAAUAAGCCAAGAUACAGCGCAAUGCUGACAAAGAUCUCUUCAAGUUUACACAUCCUAUCUGGUAUUAAUCCAAAGGUCACCAUCAGGUGAGAGGGGCGUUCUUAAACAAGAAAGAAGUUCAAGAAAUGGUGCUAAAUCGAAUGAUUUGGAGAACAUCUGCUUUGCUUUUUCCUUACCAAACUCAGAAAGCUAAACAAGGCACCAGGCAUCCUGGACUGCUGCUUCUGGGUUGGACACUUCAACAGCGCGUUAACUUUUAAGUGCCUUCGGAUUCACUUCAAACUAAGCUGUUGCUUGGAGCAUGCAUCAUACUCUUCCCGAUUCCGCCGGAAAUUUUCCACCAGCAGCCGGCACUGGCGGCAGAGGGCCCUGCUCUUCUCUCCCGGGGUCCUCAGGGUCUGCAGCUGCGAUUGCAGCAGGGCCUAGUCCCUGUGGGGGUCAGGGGCUCUUGCCCCUCUUCAAGCCCUGCUGCUGGCCCGAUCAGAACUGAAUCCGGCCGACCUCGUUCCCGAGAAGCUGCCGAGCCCCGCAGUCCCGCGGUCCGCUCAAACCGCCGCCGCGGCACUUCCGGAAGGACGGCA